GUCGGCGCCGUCUUUAGUUAAUAUAACGCCGCUUAUUUUCCCCGAAAAACAUUUGGUUUAAAUAAAUUAUUUAACUUUAUCAAUAAUAAUGGAUGACGCAGAAUUAUUAGAAGUAGAUGAUGAUUAUUACGCUUUUCUUAAUCUUCCGAGGGAUGCGACUCUUGAGCAAAUUAAUACUGCUUACAAGCAAUUAUCAAGACAAUUUCAUCCUGACAAGCAUAUUGAUCCUGCGAAGAAGAAAGAUGCUGAGAUGAUUUUCAAUAGAAUAAAAACUGCUCAUGCUGUGCUGAGUAGUCCUGAAGAUCGGCAAAUUUAUGAUCUUCUUGGAACAAAAGGACUUCGAACAGAUGGUUUACAAUUAAUUCCUAGGAAAUCCUCACCAUCAGAAAUUCGUGAAGAGUAUGAAAGGUUAGCUAGAGAGAAGGAAGAAAGAAGACUUCAACAACUGACGAAUCCAAAAGGAAACAUAACACUUCAUGUCAAUUGUACUGAUAUUUUCAACUCUUACGAGACGGAUUAUGAUGAACCUGGAAUGUUUUCAAAUAUUGAAAUUGCUGGUAUGACAAUGUUUCAAUCUAUCGAAGUGCCGAUGUCCUCAAAUAAUGUAGCAACAUUAGCUGGAAAUCUAAGUGUUUCAAAUGGUCAAGGUAAUGGUCGCUUUACAUUAUCAGCGCGCAAAAUUCUAAGCUCAAAAGGUUGGAUAGAAGUUGAUGUCGGUGCUGGAAAUGGCCUAAAUCUUGGUGGCAAAGGAACAAGAAAUCUUGGGAAAAGAUAUUUCACUACAGGUCAAUUGAAUUUGAAUUUUCGUCCGAAUGGAAUUGUGCCGGCACUUGUUGGAACGUUUGCAGUUCAACUUGAUAAGCACACAGUCGGUUAUCUCACAUAUUCAGCUGCUGGUAUGCAAUCAUCAUUAUCAACAAUCAUUGAACGAAAUACAGAAAGAAAUUACGUGAAUUUAACAUUUUCCCUUGGACUCCCACAUUCGUUUAUCUCGUGUAACUACAUUCGUCGUCUCAUUGAACAAGAAAUGAAACUUAAAUUAGCCGGAAAAGUUGGAACGUUCGGUUUCAUGGCUGAAUAUGGCGUAGAGAAAAAAGUCAGCAAGUAUUCAUCGCUUCAUGCUUCAGUCACAUUUGGAGUCCCAACUGGAGUCGCUUUAAAAAUUCGUUUCAUUCGAUCAUCACAAUCUUACAAUUUCAAUAUUCAGUUAAGUGAAGAAAUCAUCCCAGCCGCACUUUUCUACGCUACAACGCUGCCCAUUAUCUCGUAUUUCAUUCUGAAGAAAUGCAUUCUUGAGCCUUUGGAGUCAGAGAAACAACGAGAAGUGAUUGAGAAAAAGAAAGAAAUGUAUGAAGAGAGACUGCAACAGAGACGAAAAGAAGCUGAGGCUGCAAUUUCAUUAAUGUUGGCUCAAUAUGAAAGAAUUUGUUCGGAAGAAGAAGCUAAAGCUGGUUUAGUCAUCCUUCAUGCAUUCUAUGGAAAAUUUGACGAUGAUGAGGAUAACUUGGAAGAGAUGGUAGCAGACGAUAGAAGCAGUUUUAUUGAUGUUAAAAUUCCACUUCAAUGUUUAGUGAAGGACAGCAAUAUCACAGUGCACACAUCGUUAAAGUAUGAACUUCCCGGAUUUUAUGACCCCGCGAUAGGAGAAAACAAAGUGCUUAAAGUUCAAUUUAAGUAUAGAAACAAUCUGGAAACGGUUGUAAUAGAAGAAAAAGAUGAAAUUAAGCUUCCAUUAACCAAAUAGAUAGAAAUUAUUGAUUUUAUAGUGAAGUAAAUUCAUUAAAACAAAUAAAUUCAUUGUAGUUGUUAAAUUUUUGAGUUGUAAAUAAAUUUUAUAUCAAAUGAAAA